AGUGCACAACUUUUCAAUUUUAUUAAGGCAACAAAUUUUUACCAAACAAAAAUUCGUAGUCAUACUUUAGUUAUUUUAACUUUUAACAACAUGGACGUGAUAACGAAAGCACAAGAGCCAGCACCAGAGGAGGCAAUAGCAGAUGUUAAAGCAACAUUAACAUAUAAUAUAAUCCCAACGAACUCAAUCGCGAUUGCGGAGGAGACGACGCAGGACGCCGAAUCAAACUAUUUCGAUGAUUUGAAAAUAUAUUAUACAAGUCUAUCGGCACUGCAUAUCGAUAGCUCCUUGAGCGACACUAGUUUGGAAUUGUUCUACAAAUCGAGCAUUACAUCGCAUGCAGAGUCGGCGGAGAUAGAGGUUGACUUGUGGCGCCUGCCGCUGGAGGAGAGGCAAUGGCCAAAGGCGUCGCGCACAAUGCAGUACAAGGAGUUCAUAGAUCGCUUGAUCGCAGAGCUGUGCGGGAAUAGAUGCACCAGGCGCAGCCUCAUUGUGCAAUGCAUUGAGAUGCGUUUCCAGCAAUUUCUGCUCACGGUCUUGUCGUCGUUUUUCUGGCAGCAGUCGCUCAUUCAGCUGCCAGUGACGAUAACGCGACGUGGCUUGCUCAAGGCCGUCAAUUGGCUAACGCAGCCCAUAAAGCAAAUUACGCCCAAGGAGCUGGUGGAGCUCUUUGCUGUCGCCGUGUUGUGCGAAAUUGAUGAGCUCAAGGUUCAAUGCUGGCAAUGCUUCGCCGAAAUGAUUAAGAAGCGAAAUUGUGGCGCUGCCAUUUACAUGUACUCCAGGCGCAUGGGCGUGGCAGUGGAGCGUUGCCUCAUCUAUAUGGUGGGCGUGACACUUAUGCCCUUUGUGGCAAGUCGUGAGUUUCGGCGCUUGGAUUUCAAUCUCAUCAAGCGUUUGCUUGCAUCCAGCACUCUGACUGUGAAUACAGAAAUUGAGGUAUUCUAUGCAGUCAUUUAUUGGUUAGACGGCGAUUGGACUAAACGCCAACACGUUGCGCAUUUUCUUAUGAAACAAGUGCAUUUGGAAAAAUUGCCUCUAGUCUUUUUAAUUUCAAUACCUUUUCGCAAAGACGGCCCCGAAGCGCUUUACUAUUUCUCUCAAUCCAAGCGCAUGUUCAAUCGAUGUCUGUCAAGCGUUCAAGCCGGCAUGCAGCGAGAGUAUAAGCGCGGCUGGAUUUAUGAUCCAAAUUGUAGCUAUCAUUGCAGCGAAGCUGCUCAUAGCAGACAGCAGUUUGUUACUUAUAGAGAAUUCAUAAAUUAUUUAAAAUAUUUGCAAACGCAAGGUAAAAACUAUGGCAAGCUUAUUGAUGGGCAAAGACAAACUGAUGACUGACAAAAUUCUACGCAUAAUACGAUUUUUAACUACAUUUUAAUGCAAAACUUAAUGUUAAGCCAAUUAAAUGCUACUAUGUAUCGAUAGUAUCGAUAACUGACAAAGUAUAUGAGUUUUAAAUA